AACUUUGUAUAUCCCAUUGAUUAAAAUAUUUAAUGAAUUUAAUAUAAAUGGCGGCUUUAAUUAUUAUAUUUCACCUGCCCAAAUAGUAUAAUAUCCGAGAGUUUCUAAUUAUAGAAGUUUUCCAGCUUUAACACAACUUAAAUAGGAUAUCGUUAUUGUUCAAUGGUUUCUAAGACUGCCUAAUCUAUUGCAAUCAUAUUUUGCACCAUCGAUGUUUAAAAAUUAGUAGGAAGGAAACUUGAUACUUGAACUAUAAUUUUUUUUAUAAAUAUCAAUGAAUUAGUUCUUUAAUUUUAAUCUUUUUUGCAAAUUUAAUCUUUUAUUGAAUAAAUAUAUUAUCAACUAAUUAGUCAUUCGCUGCACUAACUCAAAAUGAAAGUUUUAACUACUAUUUCUUCCCUCGCUUUAAUCUCUUCUUCAGCUUUAGCUGAUUUACAAAACGUUUCAUUGUUCGUUUCCUCGGACGAUACUUCCAUCAGUGGUAGUGGUCUUGGUGCUCCACAUGAAGGUGCUGGUAUCAAUUACCUUUUUAUUGGUAAUGAUGGUGGUAAUUUCGGUACUGCUACUACUACCCCAUUAGUUUACAAUACAACCUCUCAAGGAUUAUACUGGCAAUUAGAACCUGGAUUUAAUGAAUAUUUUGGUGUUGCUGAUGCUGGUCAUGGUUAUGAUGUUGCUCAAUUAACUGUUGCUGUGUCUGGAACUGGUGUUACCUUUGAAAAUGGUUACUUGGCUUAUGAUGGUUCAACCGAAGGUUUCUAUGCUCUUUAUAAUAUCAGUGAUCCAUACAAUUAUUCUAAAUCUCAAUUGGCUAUCGUCAGAGAUCUCAGUGCAUCCCCAGAAGGUGGUAUUCCAAUUUCUCUUACCGCUGUGAUUGGAAAUGCUUCUGCCACUGCUGCUUCAUCCAUAGCUUCAUCUGAAACUCCAGUUACUACUUCAAGUGCCACUCUUGCCAUUGAAACUUCAACCACAUCUGUUGAGUCGACUAUUACUGUGGCUGUUAUUUCUGAAGGUAAUGCUGUCGGUGCUGUUGUUCCAGGUACUUUCUUAGGUGCUGUUGCUCUUGUCGCUGGAUUAUUGAUUUAAUUCAACUUUUAAUUUGUUCCAACUUUUGUAUCUCUCGUGAAAAGUAUAACUUCAAUUCUAUUCUUUCUAUUACCCCAUUUUCUUUUUCUUUUAGUUUGGGUUAGGUUAUGUUUAAUGUUUCAGUUUCAUUAAAAUGUGGUAUGUCAUAGCCGUUUUUCCUAUUAAAGUUGUCUUUCAAGCAUGGUCUUAACAAUAUAAGCCAUUUUUUAAUUCGUAUAUUAUAUAAAUUCCAAACUUUAAUGUUAGCCAAACACGAAGUUUAUAAAAAUAAACGAUUAUGUUGGUAGUCAUAACGAUGGAAUUUGAUAGAAGAAAAAUUAAAUUGAAUUAGUAACUCUUUAGUAAACAACAUACAUGAAAGAAUUGGAGUACAAAGUAAGCAGUUCAUUUCAAUUGAAGAGUGACAAA